AAAAAUUUGGCUACAGUUGCCAACUGUGCUUUCCAUAGAGCAAAGUGAGGGUUAGCCUAAGUAGGGUGAGCACAGAAGAUGUCAACACAGAGAAAGAAGUUUAUUGCCUUAGUAGACAAGGCAAUGGAUGAUGGUGCCAAAAUGGCACCUGAAGAUCUAAUGUUUUCUUAUAAGGGGAUUUUGUAUCCAUCUACUGUUUGCAGCCCAGAAACCUUCAAAGCUCUUGAGUCCUUUGAAGCAAGGGAUGAUGAUGUGUUCCUAGCAGGAUAUCCCAAGUCUGGAACAAAUUGGGUUGGUCAGAUCUUAACUGAUUUGGUAACCACAUCUUCAAAGCAUACUGAAAAUUUUAAUAGGGUGGAUGAUGAAGAACUAGAAGAAUUUCCAUAUCUUGAAGUUGGUGAUGCUGAAAAGUAUCAGCGGAUGGAAAAUUUACCUUCUAGAAGAGUUAUAUUUACACAUCUUCUUCCACAUAAUCUCCCGGCAUCUGUUUUAAAGAGUGAAGCCAAAAUACUGCUGCUGAUUAGAAAUCCCAAAGAUGUGGCCACCUCUUUCUACCAUUUUUCCAAUGGGUUGUCUCCUCUUCCCACUUACAAGACCUUUGAUGAUUUCUUCACAGCUUUUAUGAAUGGAGAAAUGCCAUGGGGCUCUUAUUUUGAUUAUGUUUUUGAAUGGAACAAGCAUGCUGAUAAGAAAAACGUCAUGACAGUAACUUAUGAGGAGCUGAAAGAGAAUAGGGCAUUGGGAGUGAAAAAAAUAAGUGAAUUCUUUGAGUUUCCUCUAACUGAUGAAGAGCUUCAAGAGGUUGUAGACAGAAGCAGUUUCCAGGCAAUGAAAGAAAACUCUACAAAAACCCAUGGUGCAAUGGGCAGUGUCCUUUUUCGUAAAGGCAGUGUUAAUGACUGGAAGAACUUCUUCAGUGAAGAUCACAACCAGAAGAUGGAUAUGACAUUUGAGGAACGCUUAGGUGGGACAAAACUGGGAGAAAAGUUGAACUAUGGAGUGUAUUGCAAAGCCUGAAGACUGCAAGAAAACUGCUGAAGCUUCCUGUACUGCAAUCAAUUAAUUGCUUUACAUAUAACAGAAAACAGUUAGUCUAGCCCAUCAGCUAGUGAUGAUGAAACAUCUGGAGUUAUAUCUGCUGUACCAUAGUCAAGUACAAUGAACUGGAAUACUAAUAGUUUCUCAAAAUCAUGGAUCAAAAGCACCGAAGCAGCUGCCGCAUUGCAGAAUUAAUGCAGUUUAACUGUCAUGGUUCCAUCUUAAUGAAUCCUGUAAAAUUAAUUAAAAUCUUUAGUUACUGAA